UCUGAGUCCAAAACAUGGCGAAAUGGAAACGUAAAAAGUUGUCAGACAGUUCAGCGUAAGGACAUCCACUCUAAUAAUGCUUUGUCAUUGGCUGAAUUCGUCAACAAUAAUGCUGGCAAAGGUCAAGACUUCUUCUUCAGUCAUCCUCCUGUUCAAACGGCGACCAACAGACACAGAACCUUGUAAAUUCUCAGGUUCCAGAGUCCCCUGAGUAGAUUGGCCAACCAGAACAAUCGUAUUCCUAGCUACGUGUCUAGCUACACAAACAGCCAUGACAGGAACAGAAGAGACCGCGGGCGACGUAUACAUGAUGUCCUCGGUAGGUUGCCUUGGUUACCUGUCGAGCGUGAACCUGAUGGUGGCGGUGUGUGUGGGUAUGUACGCCCGUUGGGAGGUGACGGACGAACCUAUGAUCCUGGUGAUCUUCAUCCUGGGCCUGAUUGUGAUGGCCAUCGCCAGCAUCCUUUACUACUACUUCUCGAUGGAGCAGGCCAGUCUCAGCCUGUUCCACCUGUGGUGCGGCUUCCUGGUGGGACUGCUGUGCUUCCUUGACAGCCCCGCCUUCAACUCAGAGGUCAAAGAGCAGGUGACUAACUACCUGCUCCUGUCCAGUGUUGCUCUGCGGGCGGUGUGGUCUCUGACAGAGAGAGGGUUUGGCUGCGUGCGUUACCAUCCCACCCUGCUGACCUCCGCUGAACAGCUCGAGCUGCUAGGGUUUGCCGUGGCCAGCAUCGCCAUGCCGAUGCACAAGUCCCUGGCCAUCAUCGGCCUGGUGGGGGCUCUCGGGGGCCUGAUCGUCGACCUGAGGGUCAAGUCCCUGCUGGCCCUCCCUAACCUGGCCUGCUUCUCCCUGGUCACCUCGCUGCUGUUCUUCCAGGCCCUCGACAUCACGGCCAACCCCUGGGCGCUGGGCUGCUACCUGGGCAGGCUGCUCUGCGACCCUCUGCUGGAUGUGUACUUCAGCGGGCUGGGGCCUAGCGAGCGCUGGCUCCCCCUGCUGUCGAUGGGCCGGGUGUGGAGGAGGCUGUCCCUCCUGCCCCUGGCCGGCCUGGAGCUGGCCUUCCUGGUCCUGUCGGGUCUGAAGCUGGGCCAGCUGGAGCUCUGGUACCUGGUCAUCCCCGGGUUCUGUGUGUUCGGGGUGUUUUGGACCGUGUGUCAUAUGGCUCUGAUGGCCACGCUGUGGGGCUUCCACAGCAAGCUGAGCGACUGCCAGAGCGCGUGGCGCGCCCAGCGCUCAGACACGCGCAGCCUGGAGAGGGUGAUGGCGUCGCGCGGGAUCAGACACUUCUGCUUGAUCGCCGAACGCCUCGUGUUGUUCUGCCUGGUGUCCACGGCAACGCUGGCCGCUGUGUCCUGGCAGCCCUCUAAUGGCCUGUUCAUGGGUGCCUUCCUGGUGGUGCUGCCCCUGGAGUCCCUGGCCCAUGGCUUGUUCCACCAGCUGGGCAGCUGUCUGGGGGGCACCUGUGUGGGCUACGCCCUGGUCAUACCAACCAGCUACUGCAGUCCUGACGGCCAGCCCUGCCUGCUGCCUCCUGAGCAGGUGGAGCAGCUGAACGUGCGCUCCACGGGCAUGCUGAACAGCGUGCAGCGCCUCUUCACUCACCACCUGGUCCAGACCUUUGGCUGUGACUACUCCACAAGUGGGAUGACCCUGGAAGCUCUGCAGAACAAGCUCAAAGCCUUCCUGGACCUGCGGACCGCUGAUGGACCUCGCCACGACACCUACCUGAUCUUCUACAGCGGACACACACUCCGGACCGGAGCUUGGGUGAUGGCAGGGGGAGAGGCCCUGCGUCUGGGCCAGCUGUUGGAGUGGUGGAAGGAGAAGAGUGCUGGUUCCAGCUGCCGUCUCAUCCUGGUGCUGGACACAGACAACUCCCUGCCCUGGGUGCAGGAGGUGCGGAGGCUGGAGGGGGGCUACGUGGCGGUGCAGGGGGCCAAGCUGGCCCCCGGGGGGGGGGACGAAGAGGACCGCGACACCCCGCGUCUCGGAGACUUCACCUCUGAGUGGGUGGAGUUCAACUGCAACCCGGAGAGCGCCACCCAGUGGUCAGAGAAGGGAAGAGCGGUGACGGCGGUGUACGGUGUAUCCAAGCGCUGGAGCGACUACACCCUCCAUCUGCCCACAGGAAGUGAUGUCGCCAAGCACUGGAAAACUCACUUCCCCAGGGCCACAUAUCCCAUGGUGCAUCUGUCUAACUGGUGCUUUGGGCUGAACCUGCUGUGGCUGUGUGAGGUGUGUCUACGGUGUUUCAGGAGGUUCAAACUAGCUUGGUUCCCCCCCAGCAUCCUGGACACUGGCCAAGGGAUCAAACUGGUGCACUCUUAGAGGGUUCUGGAAACACUGGGGUCUGGUGGGGCCUGCUGGUCAGUCAUGUGACUGGGAUCUGACCAAUGGAAACCUACCAAUGUAAAGUGCCUUAUAUCCAUAUUGAAAAGCUUUAUUUUUAUUUGAUGUUAUGCUUGCGGUGGUACCAACACUAUAUGUGCCUUUUGAUAAUCAUGUAUAAAAAACGAUUUUGAUAGAAAGCAUGAAAGGGGAAUUCCACCAGAAUAAAACCCAAUCAAUAUUCCUUUAUGCACUACUUCAUUAUUAGAGAAGGUCAACAAGUCUACUCCCCUCCUUAAUUUGUAAGAAUUGAACUCCCUUCAUUCACUUUACACGGAUAGAGAGGUAUUGGGGGGUGUAUUUGUAUCCUCCUGAAAAGUUCAGUAACGUAAAAUAUUAUUUUAAGGGUUUGAAUUUGAACAUGCAACAUUUGCUUGUUGCACGUUGAGGUUGAACAUGCAAAUGAGCUUAGGAAUUGGAUGUUAGCCACUUCACAUUAGUGAGUUUAGCCAACUGCAAAUUGGUUGCCAGGCAACAUGAGUACUCCUUGUGGGUAAUUCUGGAAGAUUAAUCUUUGGAACAAUAGAAAUGCUGCAUUUAUGUAAUUCUAUUAAAUUUAGUGCAAUAUUUCAAAGGUUGAUAUGUAUGGUUGCAUACGGUGUAUCUGAAGUUUAUCCUGUGAGACAUUUAAAAUUGCUGUAUUUUAUAUUUACUGCAGCUCAGCGAUGGUGAUUUCAUAGGGUAACAUUUAGCUCUACAUAUCCUGUCAAGUGUCAUUCCUAAAAAAUAAAUGGUUGUUGUCCUUUAUGCCGAA